CAACCCUCAUUCUUUGUGCCGAAGUUAGUCGAAACGGAUGUCCAGUAACUUUUCCGUGGUCCGCGAUAAAUUCUUGUUAAUUAUUUCUGUGAAAUUUCAUCCCUGCUCCUGACCACAAAUUUCGCUAGUCCAGUAACAGUUACAUAGCCUUCCAGUAGCGGAACGAAAGAUAAGCUUGCCAACAAUAAAACGUUCCGCAUCGUAGUGUAGAUGGAAACAGCGAAUUAUUGACACUCAUUGUUGCGGUGUUGACUAGAGAGCAAGCCUGGAACGAGAACUGCGGCGGAAGUAGUGAAACAUAAACCUUCAAGCACGGAGACAAGCAUCACCCGCUUCACAAUAGCCUCCCAAACGUCCAGAGUUUCUCGGUGGACCUCCCACAGUGCAGCCUCCAGUCAGGGUGGCAGAAGCGUGUACCAAUCAGAAGCAAAUUAAACCGUGAACCAACUCGUUCAAGUUGGAAGGUAAAAUCUUCUCGGCGGUGAACAACUUUCUCACUGCGUCGACAUUUGUCAAGGAUAUUAGACAGCUGAUUAUGACAAAAAAUACCAACGAUCCGGAAACUGCAUCACAACAUCAACCGAGUGACCAGGAAUCGAACCAGAACAAUCAGAGCGACCAUAACUCUAGCUAUCCGCUCCAGGCGCCAGGUGCAACUCCAUUAGAUCCCAGAGCCAGCACAGCAGUCAGUAGUCAUAGCAUGCGUCCUCAACUGACGCAGACUAGUAGCCAGCUGGACCACCAGUCCGAUCACGCUCAGCAACCAACAAGCGAUUGCUCCAGUCUGGAUGGGACUGUUUUCGCCGAAUCAUGCCAGACCGCAGCUCAAUCUAAGGCCCGGCGCUCUCAGACGUCCGAAUCGAUUACCUCCAGCAAUUUCAACUACAGCUUGAACCGUAGAUUUAUAUCGAAGAAUCAGAUGAAGGAAUUCCGGGAAGCGUUUCGACUGUUCGAUAAGGACAACGAUGGCUCGAUAACGAAAGAAGAGUUGGGUACGGUUAUGCGAUCGUUGGGACAGUUUGCGCGGGUGGAGGAGCUGCAAGAGAUGCUGUUGGAGAUUGAUGUUGAUGGCGAUGGGAACGUUAGCUUCGAGGAGUUUGUCGACAUCAUGUCCAACAUGACCGACACCAUGGCGGAGGCCUCGGCCGAUCAGGAAGAACGUGAACUGCGUGAUGCAUUCCGCGUUUUUGACAAGCACAAUCGGGGCUACAUAACGGCAUCAGAUUUGCGAGCGGUCUUGCAGUGUCUAGGAGAGGAUUUAGAUGAAGAAGAAAUCGAAGACAUGAUCAAAGAGGUGGACGUCGACGGUGAUGGACGUAUUGAUUUCUAUGAAUUUGUGCAUGCCCUCGGCGAACCCGAGGACUCACAGGAAAACGAUGACGAAGAGGAAGUUAUCUCUUUGAGAUCGCUUUCCUGCGAUGUGAAUGCUUAAGUUAGAACUCUGUAAAGCGAUACUGGAUGAUCAACGAAUUGCAUCACACGUUCCUAGAAAAAAAAUAAAUCAACUACUUUUGGCCUGUGUUAGGGACGAUAUGCAUACACAAAUAUACACUUUGGACACAUGUUUCGCUUAUUCGUAAUUGUAUUUCUGCUUUAUUGACUAUAAGCAAAGGUAAAAGUGGUAACAAUUUUCCAAAUCAAUAGAUAAUCGAAAAUAAUCAAAAAAUAGUUACUUAAAAGUAUAUGCACACAUAUCAGACUCAUCAUAAAGCAUUAAAAACAAUGCAAUACUUUGACAUUAAAGAACGUAGCCGUUUGAAAGGUAUGAUAACAGGAUGUGAAGACAAAAAAUUAAGAUCAGAAUACAGAUAAAUUGAAAAUUAUGAAUGUUGUAAGUUAAAAUCUUUUAAUUAAACAUUUUUCACAAUUUUUAACUGUUUUUAAAAGCUAUUGUACAAUCCAAUGUAAUUUUAUCAAAUCUCGCAAUAUUGAUAACUUGCUACUCAUCUCUUGACUUGCAUGUGGGAAACGUGCACUAAUCAUAAUCUUUUAUCAAAAUGACCUGCAAAACCGGGCAGAAAAAAACAUCAACUUUUACACUUUACGAUAAAUAUAUUGAUAGUUUGUUACGAAUGUGCCAGUGUACAACCUUUAACUUACCACGUUGAAUAAUAAACUCUAACCCAAUGUAUUAUUGUAA